AUGCCAUCGUCGAUCUCCUCUAAAUCCUCCAACGAGGUCAAGGCGGGGAAGGUGCCCGUCACCAGCGCCAACGAGAAUGGCGCUCGCGUCAGCCACCAGCCCGCCGAGCUGAUUAGCGAAGACGAUGCUAUGCUCGCUUCGCGUAUGGGCCACAAGUCCGAGUUUGCGCGAGAGUUCAAGAGCUUCUCCACCAUCUCGUACGCGUUUGCCAUCAUGGGUCUCGUCUCGUCCGUGGCCACCACGUUCAACAGCCCCUUUACCCUCGGUGGUCCCGCCUCCACCGUGUGGACCUGGGCCAUUGGUUCGUGCUUCAACAUGACGCUCGGCCUUGCAAUCGCUGAGCUCGUCUCUGCCUACCCUUCCGCCGGUGGUCUCUACUCGGCUUCCGGUCUGCUGGUUCCUCGCAACCAGCGUGCGUUCGUCGCUUGGCUUACUGGAUGGCUCAACUUUACUGGCCAGAUCGCGGGUAUCGCCGGUACCGAAUACGGUCUCUCGCAGAUGAUCUUUGCGUGGGCCUACGUCAUCACGAAUGGACGCUACGUUGCUACCACGGGCGCCACCGUCGGUCUUUACAUCGGUCUGCUUGCGCUGCACGGUCUUAUCAACUGCUUCGGUAUCAAGACACUGGCGCGCCUCACGUCGUCGUAUGUGAUUGUCAACCUGGGUAUCACCAUGAUCAUUAUCAUUGUCGUGCUCGCCAAGACGCCUCUGGACCAGAUGCACUCGGCGUCGUACACCUUCACGGAUGUGGCCAACAGCAGUGGCUGGAGCAGCAGCGGUCUAGCCUUCUUCUUUGGUCUGUACUGCGUCCAAUUUGUCAUGACUGACUACGAUGCGACCGCGCAUAUUUCGGAAGAGGUCUCGCGAGCUGCCAUCGCCGCUCCCGUCGCCAUUGUUGUGGCUGUUGCCGGCACCGGUGCGAUCGGAUGGGUGCUCAACAUUGUCAUGGUGCUCGUCAGCGGCGAUGUUGCGUCGCAGGACCCUCUGACGUGGCCCGGUGGACUCGCUUUUGCGCAGAUUCUGUACCUGCGUGCGGGCAAGGUCGGAUUCCUGGUCAUCUGGCCCUUCGUCUGCUCGGUUGCCUUUUUUGUGGUCACCACUGCGCUGCAGGCCAACGCCCGAUCGUUCUACGCCUUCUCGCGAGACAACGCUCUCCCCGACCGUGGCUACUUUGCCAGGGUGGACAAGCGUACAGGAACCACCGUCAACGCUGUGUGGCUCGUCGUCAUUCCUUGCAUGGCUCUCGGCUGCCUCGCUUUCGCCUCCUACACCGCUGUCACCGCCAUCUUCGCGCUCGCCGCCCUCGGCAUGGACAGCAGCUACCUCGUGCCCAUCGUGGCUCGUUGGAUCUACUGGGACCACCCGGAUGUCCAGUACAAGCCCGGCCCGUUUUCGCUGGGCCGCGGCAUGCUCGGCAAGACGGUCAACGGCAUUGCCAUCCUGUGGACCAUGUUCGAGUGCACCAUCCUGGCCAUCCCCACCAUGCAGCCGAUCACGCAGUUCAACUUCAACUACUCGUGGGUCAUCAUGAUUGGUGUUCUGCUGAUCGCUACGGUGUGGUUUGUGUUGUAUGCGCACAAGCACUAUCAGGGCCCGCGCAGCACGCUCUCACCCGAGCAGAAGGAGAAGCUGGGUGUCGUCUCGCGUGACGAGGAGGGCUUCCACCACUAA